UGAACCUCGUGAUUGUGGUAGACGCAUGAAAAAGCAAACCAGAUCAACUAUCUAAAUCUAGAAAAACAAGAUCAGACCCUGCUGCUAUCACUCACUAGCUCGAACGCAGCGCACACUCUCAAAUCCCAUAUAUCCGUCAUGUCUUCUCCCAAGUUCUUCACCUACUCGGGUUUCGGCCAAAAGCUCAGCGAUGACGCAAACUAUUCGCAGUCAGUUCGUCUCGGAAACGAAAUCAAGACUUCUGGACAGGGCGGCUGGGACACCCAGACCGGCAAGAUCAGUGAAAAGUACGAGGAGGAGCUUGACCAGGCCUUUGACAACCUGGACGUGGCCCUCAAAGACGCCGGCGGCAAGGGGCUGGAGCAGGUCUACAAGGUCAACAUGUACCUGACGAUCGAGAUGACGGAAGAGGUCUUUGGGCAGACCGCGGCCGUCCUAAAGAAACGCUUCCCAAACCACAGGCCGCUUCUGACCGUGGUUGGGGUCACGACGCUGGCGUUCCCGGAGAUGCAUGUCGAGAUUGAAGUCUCUGCCUAUGAUCCUAAAUAGGAAGUUGAAGCUAAAUGGUCGCUUAUCGAGUGCUCGUGGGAGGUUGUGAGGUGUCGGGAAUAAAUAAAACAUGGUUUUGGACCACAGCUAGGUCAUAUCCGCCGGUAUGCAAAGGCAUAAAAGAAAAGUCAGAGAGUUGAUGCGUUUUGAUGAAAAGAGAUUAAUAACAGACAGCCACUCCAGGAAUCCAGGGGAAUGUUGGAAUGUGGGUCCAGGUGGUGAUCACGAUGGAUUGGUCCCCAAACAGUCCCGCCCUUGUACACUUCGACGCGUGGAAGUCAACGGCAACCUGCGCAGAGCAUAUUGAGCUCGGCCGACGAGGUGGUGUGUAGUACCGUCUUUCAAUUAUUUGUUUAUGCUGAACGUCGAGCAGUUUGAUAGUCUCUUUCCAGCCCGGGAUGGCCACCAACGUCAAAUGAGGAAUACCCCGGAUAAUAGGGGUUGGACAAGAAACAAAGAAAGGACCUUGACCAACGAGCCGCGUUCUCUUUCUCACUCUGGUUUCCGUCACGGGGAAUAAAGUGUGAUUUACCAACCAUCAACUGUGGAUCUAGAGCAGAUCCUGAAGUUACCAUCUUCAAGUCUUGCCCUGCCCGUUUCGAUACAAGGAUGAUAGUUUGAAACCUAUCGAGUGUACAUGAUCGGCUCGGCACAUACACAUAGCUCUAAUCCCCACGCUCAAACUCCACCACGGUGGUCCUCCGGGGCGGGUCAAGCAGCUACAAGACCGUCUCCGUCAUCUUAAGCCCCGGACCCUAGCGAGACCCACAUCGGAGCACAAAAAACUCCUUCACCUCCAAGCGUGUGUGGUUUAAUGGUAAAAUCCAUCGUUGCCAUCCUCAGGAUAACUACUCGAUGGGCUCCCGGUUCGAUUCCGGGCACACGCAGGGCAAGCGCAGGCUGUUCGGCAAAGCCUUUUUGCUCAUUGUUUUGUGAGCCGUCUGGUUCACGGACCUGCCCGCUGUGACUUUAUUUAUGUGCACUCGGUUGGGCUUUGGGGUUGGUGUGGUUGGAAUAAGGGAGGUCACGUGAAACUCUGAAAGCUCAGGUCGUCUAUCAAUAGCCGCUGGGUCAACCAUGUGCGUUGUUGCUCAUAAAUAAGGUACAGUCCAAUACUAGGUUCCUAUUGCAAAUGUGUUAGCUGGGCUUAGUCAGACGCGG